GUUGGGUGGUUCCAUCUUUCUAGUGCUAGGGUUUUAGGUCUCUAUUGAGUUUCCAGAGAGGAUUAGGAAUCGUGAAAAUGGCUUCAGUGAAGAGACGCGAUUUGAGUGUGAGUGGGAGCAACAGAGAAGAAGAUCAACUCAUAGUGACACCAUUGGGUGCUGGAAAUGAAGUGGGUCGUUCCUGCGUGUACAUGUCCUACAAGGGCAAGACCGUCUUGUUCGAUUGCGGGAUCCACCCUGCUUACUCCGGCAUGGCGGCGCUGCCUUACUUCGACGAGAUCGAUCCUUCAACGGUGGACGUGCUUCUCAUCACUCACUUCCACUUGGACCAUGCUGCUUCCUUGCCUUAUUUCCUCGAGAAGACCACUUUCCGUGGCAGAGUUUUCAUGACCUACGCUACCAAGGCCAUUUACAAGCUCCUCUUGUCUGAUUUUGUCAAAGUCAGCAAGGUUUCUGUUGAAGACAUGCUCUUUGAUGAACAGGACAUUAAUCGCUCCAUGGAUAAAAUUGAGGUUAUUGAUUUCCAUCAAACAUUAGAAGUAAACGGUAUUCGAUUCUGGUGUUAUACUGCAGGCCACGUCCUUGGUGCUGCCAUGUUCAUGGUUGACAUUGCAGGUGUUCGAGUGUUAUACACUGGAGACUAUUCACGGGAGGAAGACCGACAUCUCCGUGCUGCUGAGACCCCGCAGUUCUCUCCGGAUGUAUGUAUUAUAGAGUCCACCUAUGGUGUGCAGCACCACCAGCCUCGGCACACUCGAGAAAAACGCUUCACUGAUGUUAUUCACUCCACCAUUUCCCAAGGGGGUCGUGUGUUGAUUCCAGCAUUUGCACUUGGUCGUGCGCAGGAGCUGCUCUUGAUUCUUGAUGAGUACUGGGCAAAUCAUCCAGAGCUUCAGAACAUACCCAUCUAUUAUGCUUCUCCUCUGGCCAAAAAAUGUUUGACUGUGUAUGAGACGUACACCCUUUCCAUGAAUGACAGGAUCCAGAAUGCAAAGUCAAAUCCCUUUUCCUUCAAGCAUGUAUCAGCUUUGAGUAGCAUUGAUGUUUUCAAAGAUGUAGGACCGUCUGUGGUCAUGGCCAGCCCUGGUGGACUUCAGAGCGGGUUGUCGCGGCAAUUGUUUGAUAUGUGGUGCUCAGAUAAAAAAAAUUCUUGUGUUAUACCAGGGUAUGUUGUUGAAGGGACACUGGCAAAAACCAUCAUCAAUGAACCCAAGGAAGUUACUCUCAUGAAUGGACUCACUGCACCUCUCAACAUGCAGGUGCACUACAUUUCCUUUUCUGCUCACGCUGACUCUGCUCAAACAAGUGCGUUUUUGGAAGAGCUCAAUCCUCCUAACAUAAUUCUCGUCCACGGGGAAGCUAAUGAGAUGGGGAGGCUUAAACAGAAGCUCAUGACUCAAUUUGCUGAUCGUAACACUAAAAUCCUCACUCCAAAGAAUUGUCAGUCUGUUGAAAUGUAUUUCAAUUCACAGAAAAUGGCGAAAACCAUUGGGAAGCUGGCUGAAAAAACACCGGAAGUUGGCGAAACUGUCAGUGGUUUGCUGGUAAAGAAAGGCUUCACAUAUCAGAUUAUGGCACCUGAUGAUCUCCAUGUCUUUUCACAGCUGUCAACAGCAAACGUUACUCAGAGAAUUACCAUUCCCCAUUCAGGUGCCUUUAGUAUCAUUCAACAUAGGCUCAAGCAGAUAUAUGAGAGUGUGGAGCCGUCAGUGGAUGAAGAAUCUGGAGUUCCAACAUUGCUUGUUCAUGAGCGCGUGACAGUGAAGCAUGAGUCUGAGAAGCAUAUCUCCUUGCAUUGGCCAUCAGACCCCAUUAGUGACAUGGUAUCAGAUUCAGUUGUUGCUCUAAUUUUGAACAUGAACCGUGAUGUCCCAAAAAUAAUGGAUGAGGCGGAUGCCAUAAAACUUGAGGAAGAGAAUGAGAAAAAGGCAGAGAAGGUUAUGCAUGCCCUCCUCGUUUCACUCUUUGGAGAUGUGAAGGUAGGAGAAAACGGCAAGUUGAUAAUUAACAUUGAUGGGAAUGUGGCAGAGCUCAACAAAGAGAGUGGGGAAGUUGAGAGUGAAAAUGAAGGCCUUAAGGAAAGAGUGAAAACAGCAUUCCGGCGUAUUCAAAGUUCUGUGAAGCCUAUUCCUCUCUCUGCAUCUUAGUUCUUUCCUCUCAUCAUAUGCUGUCUUACAAAAUGGUGGAAUGCAAGUGCUUGUGAUGAGGAAGACUAUUUUCCAUGCUUCACGCUAACUUGAUACAGUUGUGAUAACAUGUAGUUACUUUCCCUUAAAUAUGAAAUGGCACUACAUUCUUCUGUGUUCUUAUUUUUUUAAUUCGUCAAAUGUGUAACAGUUUUAAUGUGUAACAGUUUUAUCUGAACUUAUUUUCUGUUUUAAUAUUGAGAUAUUGAAAAGAUCA